AUGCGAGAAAUCGUACAUGUACAGGUUGGUCAGUGUGGUAAUCAAAUUGGAACAAAGUUUUGGGAAGUAAUUUCUGAUGAACAUGGCAUUCAUCCGGAUGGAACCUAUCAUGGUGAAUCAGACUUGCAACUAGAAAGAAUCAGUGUCUAUUACAAUGAAUUAUUUAAACCGGAUAAUUUUAUUUUUGGUCAAACUGGAGCUGGCAAUAACUGGGCAAAAGGACAUUACACAGAAGGUGCUGAACUGAUGGACAGUGUCUUGGAAGUAAUUCGUCGCGAAGCUGAAGGAUGUGAUUGUUUGCAGGGUUUUCAACUGACCCAUUCACUCGGUGGUGGGACAGGAUCUGGUAUGGGAACGUUGUUGAUUUCAAAAAUUCGUGAAGAAUAUCCCGACCGUAUUAUGUGUUCGUUUUCUGUGGUUCCAUCACCAAAAGUGUCUGAUGUUGUUCUUGAACCGUAUAACGCCACUUUGUCCGUCCAUCAAUUAGUUGAAAAUACUGACGAAUCAUACUGCAUUGACAACGAAGCUUUAUAUAAUAUUUGCUUCAAAACGCUAAAACUGACAGACCCGUCUUACGGAGAUCUUAAUCAUUUAGUAUCGAUGACUAUGUCAGGCGUUACUACUUGCUUCCGUUUUCCCGGGCAACUUAAUGCCGAUCUUCGUAAGUUGGCUGUUAAUAUGGUUCCGUUUCCAAGACUUCAUUUCUUUGUCCCAGGAUUUGCGCCCUUAACAGCAAGACAGGCCGCUGGAUAUCGAGCAUUAAGUGUUCCCGAUCUUACACAACAGAUGUUUGAUGCAAAAAAUAUGAUGACCGCCUGUGAUCCCAGAAAUGGCCGUUAUCUUACUGUUGCUGCAAUAUUUCGGGGUAAAAUGGCAAUGCGUGAAGUUGAUGAACAAAUGUUCUUAGUCCAGCAUAAAAAUGCAGCCUAUUUUGUCGGAUGGAUUCCAAAUAAUGUCAAGACAGCUGUAUGUGAUAUUCCACCUCGUGGACUAAAAAUGAGCUCAACAUUCAUUGGAAAUACAACAGCCAUACAAGAAAUAUUUAAACGUAUUGCCGAACAGUUCACUGUGAUGUUCAGAAGGAAAGCCUUCUUACAUUGGUAUACAGGUGAAGGAAUGGACGAAAUGGAGUUCACAGAGGCAGAAAGUAAUAUGAAUGACCUGAUAUCAGAAUACCAACAGUAUCAGGACGCAGCUGCUGAUGACAGUGAAGUGGAAUACGCUGAACCUGACGAGAAUCCAACCAACUAG